GGAUGGCUCUGCCAUCUUGUCUUCUUUGUCUUCUAUGUUUCUACAUAUGACCGUCCGCAAGCAAUGCCCAAGGCAAAGAAGCACAGGCGCAAAGCUUCGAUAACUUCAUCUAGCUUAACAGGAGUCCCUCUGCCAUCAGGUUCUUCUAGCAAUCCAUCUUCCACUCGUACUUUCAUCCGCCAGUUUCAUGUCCUUAUCAAACGAAAGGCACAACUACAAAGGCUUUUGGAAGAGCCUAGGAUCAGAAAGUUUGAUGAACAGGACGCUACAAGGAAAGAGUUAGCUUCGAUCGAGCGAGAGAUCACGAAUCUUGGUGGUCUCGAAACUUACCAGAGGAUGUCGAGUAUCGGACAAGGCAAUGACAGAGGAGGCGGUAGUGAGAAAGUCCUCAUUGGAUGGUUGAAUGAGUUUUCUGAACCUCAGAGGCUGUGUGAGACAAACGGCCGUUUCAAGCUGCUCGAAGUUGGAGCACUGAAGCAUGAUAAUUAUGCUGCACACGCCUCAUGGAUAGACAACACCCCAAUAGAUCUACAUUCGCGACACCCCUCUAUCAAGGAGCAAGAUUUCCUGUUACUGAGUGAGGACCAAAACCGUAGCAAAUGGGACAUCAUUAGCUUGAGCUUGGUUGUCAACUUCGUUCCGGAACCCAAGCAUCGAGGGCGAAUGCUGCAGCUGGCACACACCAUGCUUCGAUCGGAUGGAUACCUUUUCCUCGCAGUGUGUAUCACCCACCCGGUUGUACCUUCGCUGCUGUCUGAUCAUAUAAUGUCCAGCUGCCCCUUCCUUGUAUACUCAAUUCCAGGUACAUGACGCCGGAACACCUUCAAGACCUCAUGCAAAACCUCGGCUUCACGCAAAUGCGCUCUCGGUGGAAGGAAGGCGGCAAGAUGGCGUACUGGUUGUACAAGAAGACAGCAAUUCCUUCACACCGGAAUUUAAUGCCAUAUCAGAAGAAAACUGUCCUUCGUACGGGUAAUCGGAAUAACUUCUGCAUCCUGUUGUAAUGUGCACGAGCGAUGCUGUAUAGAAUGUAUUGUCUAUUCGUUCCGGACUCCUGUUAAGAUACAUAGAUAUACAGUGCAAGAGAAUGAGGUGUCGUGAUAAGGUUAUUCUAGACUCAUUGAAUUCGAUGCUCCUUCCGAUCAGCAUUAUCAUCGGGAUAUAGCUAGAGCUGAUAGCGUUAGUAGUAUCUCUCUCGAAUGUCAUCAAAAGGCUCGCCUUGUGAGGAUUC